AAGAAGGAUACAGUAUUUCUGUCGUGCUGUCAGCUCCUUGGUAGAUUUGUGGAUGUAUAUAUCAUAUGAAAUUUCUUGAGAAAGGGUUUUAUUUCUGUUGAUUCUUUUUUUUUUUAGACUUCGAAAAUGUCUCCUGAAGAAAAGGAAAAAACUCAAGAACAUAAGAGAAGAGAGAAGAAAAGUGUGAAGAGUUUCAGCGAUGGUCACCAGAAGGAUGUUUCCACCACCCUUUUUCAUGAGAAUCAGACAAAAAGAGGCCAACGAAGCCCAACAAGACAAAAUGAUAAAGAGAUAAAAAGAAAGGCCAAAGCUUCAAAUGUUUCCAGUACCUCUCCUGUUAAAUCGAAGAGAAUUUCUUCUGGGGCUGCUUGGAAUAUUCAGCAGAAGAGCUCUUCGAAAGGUACAGAUAACGUUGGCAUGCAUUCUUACGCACCAUUUAAAAUCAGAAGACAGGAGUCCUCUUCCAAACCUGGUGAAGGUGUUUCACGCAAGAACUAUCCACCUAGAAAGCCUCUGGCUGCAGGACCAAGCCAGACACUUGGAUCCAAAGCCCACGAAGAUCGGCCUCAACGCUCGAUCGUCUUGAAAAGCAAAGAGCGGAAAGCGUCGAAAGGAAACUGCGCUCGCCCCUCUGUCACAUCAGCAGCUGAGAUUUACGGCAGCCAGCGUCCAACCACCGGCAAAAAGAUCAGAAACCAUUUCAGUUCCGAAACGAUGUCCAGGUCUUCUGUCCUGAAAAGGGUCACCGAUCCUAAAACCCACCCUAACGACCCCAGAGGAAAGCUUGUGAAAGGUGCCCAAAGGAACGGGCCUAAAGGCAGCGCUGCACUCCCCCGAACCACUUCCAAAUGCCAUCAGGUCAACUUUGCAAAUUGGGAAUCUCUUGGCUUGGAGAGGGAUGGAGUAAGAGGCUCUGAUGGCAACAGUGAUGACGCCGCUGCGCCUUCCAGAGAGAAAGGUGUGCUCGCAGAAAGACGCAAUGGCGAUUGUGUUUCUACAGUCCAACAAGGGCCACCUUUUCUGCACAAGCUUUGCCAGGAAAUGACUCGAGAAACACCCACCGAUCAGACCAGAAGCGAAUCCAACCGGUCAUCCUCUCCGAAGGAGCUCAGAGAUGUCCGCGCGGGAGAGGAUCACGUCGAUAGCUCGCCAAGUCAAGAACGCGUGUUAGAAUCGGAGUCCUGUAAACGAGAGGCGAUCUGUAUCCCGCCCAGGUCUCCAGCAGGUUGCCGUUGUUCAGAACUGCUAAGUUACUGCGUGUGUGAAAUCGAGGAAGGGCAAGGGAUCGGAUUUCCUGGGAAAACUGCAGCGCUUUUGAAGAGUUUGGACGGGGAGCAAUCCGACGACGAGUUCACCAACUCGUCUCACUCGAGCAGUGCCAGAUCGUCCGGCUGGUCCUACGAGCAGAUGGGUGAAAACAUUACACUGAAGGAGGAUGUCAAUCCCAAGAUGGAAACAUUUCUUCAAAAACUUCUGAAGGCUCCUGAAAAUGGCACCAUCCCGCAGGAGGUGUCCCAUCAGUAUGAAAAACAGAAGUAAAAAUUUUUUUUUGUUAAAUUUUCCUUGCCAAUGACUGCUUUGCAUUUCAUUUGAUGCUCCAGGAGUUUCUAAGAAUGCAGUGCUGCUUUAUAAUGAUUAGCGUUCCACAAUUUUAUAAUAAUUUUGUAAUAAUCUCAAUUUGCUCAAGGAUUUUACAACAAUUUGACAGACCAUUAGAUGAUUAAUAGCAGAUCUCUAGACUUCUCCCCUUCUAGAUCUGUUAGAUAGUAGCUUCCACUGCUCUUAAUCAUUAUGCUCAUUUUAAAAUUCUGCAUUUAUGUAACCUUAAAAAUAAAGUUAGAACUAGUACUUCUAAAUGUGCUUCUUUUCUGGAACAAUACUGAUCAUGAAAACGAGGCCAUCUUUUCCAGACUAGGAAUUUAUUUUUCUGUUUCCCCAAAUUUUAUGAGCGCACACCUCCAAACCGAGAACAGCAUCUUUUAAAACUGAGUUGUGUCUUAAUUGUGUUGUUAUGGCUGCUGCUUCAUUUUAAUCACUCAACUUAAUCCAACUUAACACAAUUUCAAACGUUCACAGCGGUCAAAUCAUCAGUACUAUAUUUUUAUGAUGCUUUCCCCAUUUUUUUUAGCCAAAUAUCGGACUAACUAGAAUGACGGGAAUUGAUUGCAGGUAUAAUAAUACUACGUGCCAACUAUGUAACUUGACAAUGAUGCUACGACAUGGCAAUGAUUUUAUUCCGAUGAAGGCAUUUUGAAUAUCUUUUCUUAUAAAAUGUAUUUUCUUCAUUUUUUUAAAAAAACUGAUCACAAAUAAAAGCAUGUCAUUUCUGCAAA